AUGUCAUCGCAGCCCCCAGACAACCGGCCAAUAACAGGCCCUUCCGCCGCUGCUGCCCAAGCGCUAGCAGCACACAACUUGCUAGCCCAGAACCCCCGCAGUGCUUCGCUCCCCUGCCCAACAGCCCGAACUUCACACAAUCGCUUCCCUCCUACCUUUUCUGCACUAGAGGGGCCUCAAGAGGCUCCUAUCGCGACGGAAGAGUCGGAGUUUGUUGACGCCUACGACCCCCUCUCCUCGAUCCUUGAGCAACAAUCAUCUCCUCCUCUCUUGCUGAAGUUGGAUCCGGAAGACGGCAGGGAAGCCGUCGACAGUUGGAAGGAGUGCAAGGAACACGAAGCAGCUCACGUAUGUAGGGCUUCUGAAGCUGUAGGUGGAUAUCUGCCACCGACAUCCAAUGCAAAAGGCAGCUCUUUCUUCGCUUCCCCUGAUGCAGUGGAGCUUGUGAAGAGGGAGCAGCGGGAGGAGAGGAGAGACAGCUCCACAGACGACUCCGCUGCGACGGUAGAAUACUUUGUCAGUAGAAGCAGUUCCUCUAUGCUGCCUGAAGGCGUAUCGGCUGUAGGAGAGGGAAAACUCGUCCAGCUCGAUAGCCCGAGCCUCUGCUCUCCUCUGGACCUCCACGACAUCGCUACCGCCUUCCAACAGACAACUGAUUUGGCUGCAGCCGCCCUCGCCAUGCCAAACCCUCCAGUACCUGCAGGAACAGCGCCAGCAACAGCAGCACCAGCAGCGCCAGCUGCACCAGCACUAGCAUCAACGUCUGGAAGGACAUUACCGACACUGGCCGCUGGUGUAGACGCUCCUGGGAAAAGUUCUGCUGCGGGAGUGGCAACUGCACCCACAGCGCAAUCAGCGGCAACAGGAUCAGGAGCAACUGGGGUAGAUAGAACGGGCUCUCAAACCUGUAUGCUGUGGCCCUUUGAAAGCGGCGUGCGGCCAUGGGACGACGUGAGGCAAGACAUUCGGGAGGCAGCAGAGGCGGUGGGAAGCACUCAGCUGGAAGACCUGCCCAAGAAACGCAUUUGGGUUUUCCACAGGGGUGUAUGCACACCUGUGUCUUGGUACGCGGACACGAGUUCAGAAGACGUGAAGACUGCAGUAUUGUGCGCAUGCGAUGUGUUGGCCGAUGACGUCGGGGGCGUUGAGGCCUGUGGUACAAAUGGGGGGUUUUGUCUCCGCCUCAUUCAGCCUCUGCCAGACCUUGCGGAAGUGGACGAGGAAGGUUUGUUUAGGGAAGUCAAAACCCUGAGCUUUUGCUGCCAGUUGCCUUCUGAAAAGGGGGUUGCCGAGGAGACCGUGCCCAGUGCAACAACCCAGCAGGCCACUGACUGCCCCGAUGCACCUACAGCAGCAGGGGAGACAGAAGCAGACGUACCACCAGAAACAGGAGCAGCAGCAACAGCAUCAGCAACAGCAGCUGAAACGGGGGUGUGCAAGGAGAUGUCUGUGGUUGUGACGUUGGGGCCUCGAGUGUUCGCACGGGACUUUGGAGACCUACGGGACGGGGGCGCCUACAUGUUGGAGCUGCAGGCUGUGGCGUGCCCCGAGCAGCAGCAGCAGCAGCAGGAGCUGCAGCUACUGCGACAACAAGUGGGGGACAAAUGGCGGCGGCUAGCUGUAGAAGUGGAACCUCUUAGCCACAUCGAAGCCCAAAAGGCCGUGCUGCAGAUGCGCAAAGGCACAAAUCUGCUGAAGCACACUCGCUUUGGGCAUCCUCACCUGCGCCAGUUUCAGCUGUCCACUGACCGCCAGCGCCUGCUAUGGUACACCGCAAACAAAGGCAAGAAAGCGUCCGUUGUUAAGUGGCAUGAGCUGGAAGGUUUAGUGUUGGGGCAGAAAUCGGCAAACUUCGAGGCGUACAGGAUUCCUGCGUUGCAGCACCUCAGCUUCUCUCUCGUUUUCAAGCAAGAACAGGGUUUUGCCGAGCUAGCUGCCGCUGCUACGCCUGCUAACGCUGCCGCUGCCGUGGUGCUGCCCCCUGCCUGGCUGGAGAGUGCGCCUAAGACGCUGGAUCUCACCUGUAAAGAUGAAGUGGAAUUCGAUUUCUGGGUAGCGGGCUGCAAAGCCCUCAUCGCUUCUGCCAAAGGCAUCCGACUGUCCAAGCUUCAGCUCCUUUCCCACUCCCGGAGGCUAGCUCUGGAGAGGAGCGAGACCACAGUGCAGCUGACGAAGCUGCCGCAGGUAACGGAACGCGUGGGGCUAAAGGACUGCAUGGACCUGCCGUGGUAUCCCCCUGAGGAGCUGGAGAGGAAAUGCCAGGAGCAACUUCUCCGCGUCGAAGCCGCAGCCGAAGAGUUACGGACGCUUCAUAAAGGCGGGGCUGCUCCCCCUGCCAUGGGUCUGUCGUCCUUUCUGGGCGCGGGCCCUGCGUAUGCAACGGUUCUAGAAGACAGAGUUGCAGAGGAAGAUGAAGAGACGGAGCUUGAACGCGUGCGGGAACUUGUCGAGGAGGUGCAACAGCUCCUCACAUAUCGGCAAGCGCAGGAAGCUGGGCAGCAGCAGAAGGAGCCAGUGGCUGCAACAUCAGGAACCGGAGGAACCCCGAGUUCCAAGGACUUGUACAAAAUUUCUCCUUCGACAACUGCCUGCCCCAGUGGCAACGGUGCCCCAAAGCCGAGCUCGUCAGAAGCUCCCGUUCCCCACACCCCAAACCGGCACCAGGAGCAGCAGCUGCGGGAGCAGCAGCUGCAAGUGCUGGAGCAGGACGGAAGCGUGUUGGCUAUAUCCUCUGCAGGCACUGUGCUACGAGCAGGCGACCUACGUUUGAAAGACAACUUCGAGGAUCCAGCCACCGAAGGACAGCUGGACUUGCAGCAUAUUUCUCUCCACUUGCAGCGCAGUUUCAGCUCCCUGAUCGACACGACGGCACAGGCACAGCAGCGCGUCGCAUCCGCAUUUGCUGCUGCUGCUGCUGCUGCUGCCUCUGCAGUCCUCGGAGAAGAUGCAACAGCAGCACAAACUCGGCGCCCGAAGGAGCAAUUGCCGCCCGACGACGUGGAGCGGCUGCAGGCCAUCAGCCAGUUGCUGUGGCGGGCAGAAGUUGACAUUGAAAACAUUGAAGAUAUGCUCAGCCGUUUGCAGCAGCCGAACGGCUUCGGCCAUAUUGCAGUAUCUGAUGCUCUCUCUAGCUUCAACGAACUCCUGGCAGGGCAAGUUCGCUCUUGGGGAGGGCAGCUGUCAUCUCUGCUGGAUGGCGUGCUUAGCAGCGGCGCCCUCCCCCAGGCGGGCAGAACCGCCUCUGUCUCAUCCGACUACAGUCUCGACACCGAAUUUAACUAA